AUGCCGAACACAGACAACUACAAAUUCCAUAUACCUUUCUACGUAACUAAUGAUCAACAUUCAAAAAUAAUUAAGGAGAACGUGAAUUUUCUUAAUGCCUGUCUUCACAUUGCUCUGACCUCACAAAUUCCUGAUGAUACAAUCCCUUGGGUUGAAACAUAUAAUCUGAUUCCUAAUAUGUUUAUACCAGUGAAAUACUGUGAUAUUAUCCCAAAAGAUCCUAUUUACAUUUUUACCACUGAAGGUGAAAUUUACAUCCCACCUGGAUCUCGAGAAUGGUUCACCUAUAUGUAUAAUUUAGAACGAAGAAUCAGAAGACAACAACGCUUUGAUGAAAUUGCUCCAGAGGCUACUUAUCAUGGCACCACUUUUAAACAUUUAUGUUCACGCUUACAUCAUCAAGAGUGCUUAACACACAUACAGAAUACAUAUGAUGAAUAUAUACGUCAUCAUAUUGCAAACAAGAAUCAUCCUGACCACAUUAAUAAUGAUCGUAAACAGAAAAAUCUCAAUAGAAAUUUAAAUAAAAUUUUGAGCAAUUUAAAAAAAGUAGCUCCCGAUACUCAUUACGGGAUAUCAGAUGAUACUAAAGCCAUAGAACGCUGA